AACGAUCAUCACUUGAUAGAUAAUAAUGAGCAACCUAGAUAAUGAAAUUGACGCUGAUUUGCUUGGACUCGUUGACGGUGACGACGAUCAAACAAGCUUCAAAUCAAGUUCGAAGCGCAAGGAAUCUGAACUUACCGAUAGCGGUGAAGAUGAUGAUGGCGGAUAUGAUGAUCAACAAACUGAAACUCAAGCUGUCGAUGAUGACAACCCUUAUCCUCUUGAGGGAAAGUAUAAGAAUGCGGCAGAUAGAGCAAAUCUCAUGGAUCUUGAUGAGCUCGAGCGUGAGGAUAUAUUGGCUUCCCGUCAAGAAGAGAUGCAAAAGUACAAAGAUUCACUGAACAUCAAUAAAUUAUUCUCAGCGGCUCAAGCUAUCGGUGAUGAUAGUGUUUCAUCGGCUGCUAAACGUUCUCAUAAACAAACUGGUGCAACCGUAGAGAAGAAGAAUAAACUUGAAGAGCUUAGAAGCAAACGUGAAGCUAAAACUAAGAGAAGGUCUAGACACGAUUACGAUGAUGAUAAAUACUAUGAUAAAAGCGAUCUUCAAAGAUCAUCACAGUCACUCUCCGAUUCUGAAGAAGGCGAAUUAAAUAGAGAUGAAGAGAAAGACGAAAAACCUAUCGAUACAGCUGAUAUUCACAAAGUUUCUAUCAGUCGUACAAUGCUCGCUGAUUUCUGUUAUGCACCAUUCUUCGAGGACUUCGUAAAAGGUACAUUCGUAAGGUAUCUUUUAGGUGAGAGAGAUGGUAAACCAGAUUACCGUUUAUGUGAAGUUGUUGGUCUUGGUGAUAGUCUUACAAGACCUUACGCCAUAGAUGGCAACACAAUGACCAACCAGCAAUUGGUCCUUAAGCAAGGCAGAGCAAGUAAACCUUGUAAUAUGGACAAAGUUUCAAAUUCUCGUUGCACAGAUAGAGAAUUUGAUAGAUUCGUGGCGCACGCAAAAUAUGAGAAAGCUAGAUUACCUACGCGUAAGACAAUAGAAAUGGUACGAACCCAAAUUGAAGAAACAAGAAAACGCCCAUGGUCAGAGGCCGACAUCAAUUUCAAAUUACAAAAGAAAGCUGCUGUAAUGGGUGGUACUUUGAAGAAAAAUGUAGCUCUUGAGAAAGCAGAGCUUCAACAAAGGUUGCAGUUGGCAAGGGCGAGAAGGGAUGUCCAAGAAGCUGAAUACCUCUUCCAAAAAUUAGAAGCAAUGGAAGAAGACGUCUAUAGGGGUCCUUCGGUUGAUAAAUUUAAGCAAUACCAGCCUCAGCAGCAUUCUAUCAAAUCGAAAGGACCUAAAGUUAGAAAGCUCGAUAAAACAAAGCUAAAAGAUGAUGAUGUCUCUGAUAAUAUUGACAUGACCCUAGCCAUUUCUGGCAAAAGUAGCUCUAAAUUGGAGCUAAUCAUACAAUCUUGUACUUACGAUAUCGAAGGUUGAUAAGCUUGAUGACAUAAUUUGACACGAACAGGAAUUAUUAACGAGUAGUUUUGGAAUAAUUCAAGAAACAGUGUGAUUAGGUAGAUUAUGAUGAUAUCAAUUGUAAAACUACU